CACGUGGUGGGCGGCCGGAUGAUGGCGGGUGCUGCUGAAGAUUCCCGAGCGCUUUUCGGAGCUGGAGUCCGCGCGGCCUUGGAGGCUUGGCCCGCCUUGCAGAUCGCUGUGGAGAACGGCUUCGGGGGUGUGCACAGCCAGGAGAAAGCUGAGUGGCUGGGGGGUGCAGUGGAGGAGUACUUCUUCCGCAAUGCUGACUUGGAGCUAGAUGAGGUGGAGGACUUCCUCGGGGAGCUCAUGACAAACGAGUUUGAUACGGUUGUGGAGGAUGGGAGUCUGCCCCAGGUGAGCCAGCAGCUGCAGACCAUGUUCCACCACUUCCAGAGGGGUGAUAAGGAUGCUCUGAAGGAGAUGGCCUCUCUCAUCACCCAAAGAAAGUGCAGAGUCAGAGCCACUGCACUUGCAGCAGCCAAAGAGACUGAUGAGGGUGAGGAUGAUGCAAACAGCGUGGAGGAGAUGGAGGUCACAGCUACGAAUGAUGGGGCAGCUACAGAUGGUAUCUGCCCCCAGCCUGAACCCUCUGGACCAGGCUCCCAGACUAUUAAGGAAGAGGAUAUAGUGGAGGAUGGCUGGACCAUUGUCCGGAGAAAGAAAUGAGUGGGGCUGGAAACGGUUUGGGCCCUUGCUUGCUAGUUGACUGGGGACUUUUUUGGAGGGUCGUGGACCUCUGGACUGGUUGCCCCAUCUCUACCCUCUCCCUGUUCCCCUGUGUAGUUCCCUCCAGGGGAAGAAGAGCCCUGGGGUCCUUGGUCUUGGGGUGGUGGAACCUGGUUCACCAGGGCCUGAAGUUACUAUCCGAGUGAUAAGGCUGGGUUUCCCAGUAAAGUGCCUCUUGGGUGCAGUCAUUGUGAAGAGGGAGGGAUGAGUGGGUGUGGGAGUGACUGAAGGAGAAGCUAAAUGCUGAUUGAUAGUAGGCAGGUGGAUUUGUGAAGGGAGAGGACCAGCAGGAGAAACAAUAUUCCUGCUGGGUCAGGAAUGGUGAGAUGAACAUGCAAAUGGAGAGAUCAGAUGAAGAUGUGAAUGAAGGUAGUUGUGGUUCCUCUCCCUCUUUUCCCUACCCCCUGUCCCCCCCUCCCAGAGCAGCUCUGUACCCUUGCCCAGAAAUUGGAACCCCCCAGGAAUGCUCUCUUCCUGCAGUCUAGCCUCCAGCCCUGGGUUCCUUCUUGAAGUCUAAGACCUUGGCUAGGUGGUGAGCUUGGGGGACCUGGGCUUUGUUUUCUGUCUCUUCUAACCUCCUUCCAAACUUCUCAUCCCAUCCAAGUUCUGGGAUGCAGUUUAAGACCUCAAUAAAUAAUACCUUAUUGUUCAAUUUGUGGCUUGACCUGUGAAUAGCCUUGGAGUCAGCCUUCUGGGAGCUGAGCUUCAGAGCUCAGCAAGGGUAUGGCUUCUGGGCCCACCCCAGCAGCCUGGUACUUUGGACAAACAGAAGGACGAACGGAGCACAGCAGCGCUCUGAAAGUUUCCAUAAGCCUGAAAUAAACUGUAUUUUUCUUUAAAAAACAAAA